AUGGGAGGUGUCUGUACACCGCAGCGCAGAGUGCAGAACCAGCAGCAGCAGCAGCAGCAGCAGCAGCAGCAGCAGCAGCAGCAGCAAGGGCAGCAGCGGCAGAAGCUGCGGCUGCCUCACGCGCUGCAGCGAAUGCAGCGAAUGGAGCUACUCGCAGCCGCAGCAGCCGCAGCUGCGGCGGCUGCUGCAGCUGCUACUACUGCUGCAGCUGCGGCUGCAGCAGCAGCAGCAGCAGCUGCGGCGACAGCAGCAGCGGCAGCAGCUGCGGCGACAGCAGCAGCAGCAGCUGCUGCGGCGACAGCAGCAGCAAACGAAAGCGUCAGGAUCUUUAGUAGCAAAAAGAACGAAAAUUAA